AUGCCAAGGAGGUCCUCCAAGCGAAUUCCAAUCCAUCUACCAAACCCAUCUACCAAUACCGCCAAAUGCGUCCAUCCCAGCAGCACAUCCCCCGCAGCAAACAGCAAACCCCCAAUACCCAAAACAACGGUGCAAGUCCUCUCUAACGGAUCAGAACGAACAGGCGGUGCAACACCAACGAGAUCCGAAGACCCUGAAGGUACUGUCCUACCCGGCCGCCCAGUCACCGCUGACUUAAAGCCUCGUCAAGGAACCCCGAAGGGUCCUAUCAGAAGACCUCACGCUACUCCAGUCGAGAAAUCCGCGGAGAAGUUCGGUGAACCACCCGAAGGCAGCUCGUUGAACGACUCGUUAGACUCUCAGUCGGUGCAGCAAGAAGAACAAUCAGAAAUCGCAAAGAAGCUCGGCGAAUCACCCGAAGGCGACUCUAUGAGCAACUCUGGAAAUCAACAUGAACUUCACCUGAGAAACCUCAGUCCCAGUACAGAGAAAAUCUCAUCAAGGAACCCGAAGGAACCCGUCAGAGAUCUCUACCGCCCCAGUCGAGAUCUCAUGAGAGGUUCGAAACUCAGUCGGUUUGGCAAGAGGAAACCAUUAGAACUCGCAGAGCCGCUCUGUGAGUCACCCGAAGGCGACUCGGCGAACAACUCAUUGAGCCCACAGGAAACCUCAUCUGAACUUUCGACCAUCAGAAGACCGAACAACAGUGACCGAACAACGGAUCAUAGGAUCUCUUCCAAGCCUAGGACCAGCGUCUCCUUCCAUCCGCCGACAACCUCAAGAGGAACCUAUCAGAGUCCCCCGAAGGAGUCUCAACAAGGCCCUCAAACGAGAUCGCCAACUUCAAAAAUUCGAGACCAAUCUUCGGACAUGGAAGUUACCCGCAAGAAUCUUCCACCAAACAACACCUCCCCACAAGCAGUACCCCUCCCUGGGCAUCGCUGCAGCAGUUCAGCGCCGAAAGGCAGGUCGGAACGAAACAAGACGAAGAGCCGGCUACUCCGGAGAAGACUUACGCUGCGCAACGGAGUGGGUAUACCUGAGGGUGUGCCUUCGGAAUUCUCCUCAUACAGACAAUAUACACUAUACCCACAUCACUCCGUUACUCCGAGAACAAAUGACCAGUCCAGGAAAGUUGUUGGAUAUGCAGUAUCUUCUUCAUUGGGCAAGACCUUACUAUUCACCAUAAAUCACCGUGUUCUGGGUAGCUUUCCAUAUUGCUCAGCAAUGCCAUCAACAACUCUUGCAGGCAGUUUUGAUGAGCUUCGCGUUAUAUCUUGCCGCGGUGGCAAGACACAUUGCCAAACUCCUGCCUGCACCAACUGA